GCCGAUCUGGUUAGUAGGCGAAUAAUUAAUAGCUACCGCUCUGUUUGUUUGAAGACUCUUUCAUUAAAGCAAAAAAAGCUCAUUAUAUUUACCAUAACUGGAAUAAUUGGAUGAUAUGGAGGAUUAUAUUGUUAAGUUGAUGGUGUUUAGCGUGGCGGCAUGGUCAACUUUGUUCGUGGCGAUCCGGAAAAUCGCAUUUCCGAAGCGCCCUUUCGAUUUCUGCAACCGCCUUGUUUCGACGGCGCAUGCUUUCUUGGCCGUUGCUUUGGCUUUUUCUUCAAUUCAAGACUGGAGCUGCCCAGUUUGUCCUCUCGCUUCAAAAUCUUCUCCUAAGCAGAUGCAAACACUAGCAGUAACUGUGGGAUAUUUGAUAUAUGAUUUGGUGUGCUGCCAAUUUGACAAGCAAGUGAAGCUUGAUAACAGUGUGCAUCAUCUAGUCAGCAUUAUUGGGCUUGUGGCUGGUCUUUUUUAUCAAAGGUGUGGAUCAGAGAUGGUGGCUGCCUUGUGCAUCACAGAAAUAUCAAGCCCAUUCCUCCACUCAAGGGAGCUUCUUAAAGAGCUUGGAUAUAGGAACACUGAUCUCAAUUUCGCAGCUGACAUAGCUUUUGCAGUCAUCUUCACAGUUGCAAGGAUGAUAGGAGGGCCAUACCUUUCUUAUGUUACUCUCACUGCUGAUAAUCCGUUUCUGAUUAAGGCAAUGGCUUUGGGACUACAGCUUGUGAGUGGAUUCUGGUUCUACAAGAUUGUGAGGAUGAUUAUUUUUAAAUUAAGUACAAGGUCAUUAUCCAUCAAAAACCAAUGAUAUCCAGUUUUAUUGUGAUUUAAUCAUGAAUCAUGAAUCAUGAAUCAUGAAUUCUUGACACAUCAUUGUACACAUGUAUCUUAAUUUCUAUUAUAGAUAUAUCAAACAGGCUAUUUUUAA